ACUCUGGACCAUGGUCUUCGCAAGACUAUGUCCCCGACAACGUCUAUUCAGCUCAUGGGCAGAAUUGGUCUCCUGGACUCGGCUUUCCUCUACUCCAGCACCAACUCUCCUCCGGAAGCUCGCAGUACAAGUGGUAGUUUACAACAUAUGGCAUCAACGAAACAACGUUCAUCACAACUCCGUGCGCCUAUCGUCACAAGUAGUCUUCAAGUGGAUUGAUCGUGAACUCCGCAACAUUAUCACCGCAAGAAGGCAUAGAAAACGUUGGCGUAAGCUUAUGCUUUUAUGGAUCCGCUAACACCCUCAAAUUGUUCCUAAUUCUACUAUAGCAUUGUUUUUUCUUUUUUUGCCUUGGCUACUUUCCUUAGGUUGUAAACCUCAACUUUCAUUUAUUAAUGAUA